UGUUUGGUCGAUAAAAUUUCAGAAAAUCUGAAAAAAUUCUCCAUAAAAGUUUCCCUAAGCUCUAGCAAUAUCUAUGAAUGUCUUAUUUUGUGCAACAAACAGUCGGAAACCUGAGGAAAUUCAGCAAACAAUGAUAUAAAAUAAAGAAAAAUCAACACUGAAUAAUUGAAUAAUUAUAAUGUUGAUUAUUUUUUCAAUAAAUCACCCAACUGUUUAGUCAGUAGAAAUGUCAGAAUUAUUUAAUGAAAACAGAAAUAUUCCAUAAAGUGACUCAACACGAAGAACGUAAACAUUAAGGGACACACAAGGUCAACAACGGGAGGGUGUCUGGGUCCAUAAUCUGUCUCAUAAUCUGUCCAUGGUGUAAUGGACCCGGGUCCACCUGGGAGGUGAAUCCGGAACUAACGCCCUAGAACCCUGAGCUCAGAGCUCUGAAAAUUAUGAAAUAACUCUUUUUCACCUAGCCAAUCAGAAGUGUCCCUCUUCAGUGCCAGCCAAUCAGAGAGCAGUGGAGGUUAAUGAAGCGAGUAAGCGGCAGUUUACCUGCUCAGUGUGCGAGGGACAGGACGAGGGAAGCGCACAUCACCUCCCCGGUAGUUUUCCUUUUUAAAUCUCCGUACAGUAGCGUACAAAUUUAACGGAUGGAAAGCAACAGCGGACCACCUGCCUUGCGCCAAAGUGGAGGGUGAUGUCCCUAACUUCUUCCUAACUGCUGUUCCAGUACCGUCAUGGCUCGGACCGGCUCGGGGACCCUCUUGUCCCGCCGGAACAUCAAGCUGGACUCCUUCCUGAAGCGGAACACGGAGCGGGCGGUGUACGAGAGGAUCCGAGCCUACGAACCGUGCGUGGUGAUAUCGGAGACCGUCAACAAGGUGUACAUGCACGUGGUGCUGAGCGAUGAGCGCGUGUAUCUCACCGAGUACCCGCCGCGCACGCUCACCGCGGCCGUUAGCUUCGUGCGCGUGCGGGACAUCGAAUUGGUCAAUGACCUCCCAGAUUUCCUCAGCGGGAAGGACAGGGAACACUGUCAGCACAUACGAAUCACCUAUGUCACCGACAAGCCCACCGCAAGGGGACGUGACUGGCUGAGGAGAGACAAGAGGGCAGGACUUCUUCCUGCAGCUCCGUCCUCUCGCAGAGGCAGCCAUUGCCCACCAAUAACACACACCUUAGAAGGAUAUCCUGCUGACAGGUGGUGGACGAAAGAGGAAGUCCACAUGUUGAAGCCCACCCGCUCUGCCUCCUGUCCAAACUCUGAGACUCUGGGCCUCCUGAGGGUCCCACACCCUCCCACCCGGCCACCCUCCACCACGCCCUCCCUCUACUCCCCCUCCAGCUCCCCCAGCCUGCCUCCGUCACCCUCAGAGCAAAGCCUGAAGAGCCUCGACAGUGGUCAGGUGCCGAGGAGGAUCGUCUCAGUUCUGUCUCGCCUGUUGAGAAGAGACUGCGUGGACAGUGGAGAGGAGAGAGAGGCUGAGCUGCAUCUUUACGCCGUAUCACAGACGUCCAGGCUUUACCUGCAUCUACAGAGCUCAUGGAACAGUUUUAUUAUUAGGUCCACUCUGUUGUUAGACCCGCUCUAUAGAAGAAAGUGCAACGCUUCAUCUGACUCCACUCUUGGGAAGCGAUGUCCUGAAAUCAGCUGGGAGCGGACGGCUCACCUGUUCGGUCAGCUGAGCUCUGAGAUGCUGCAGGAUGGGAUCAGUGUGGAGAGUUUGUACCUGCUGCUGCAGGAGCUGAGAACUGCCGCUCACCGUAACAUCACACUACGAAGACUCUUCUGGAGGUCCAGUGAGGUGUGUGUUCUCCUGGUCCAGACUCUGGAGGAGUCCCUUCACGGCUGUCAGAGCCUCAGCAGAGUCUACACAGCAGAUCAGCUCCUACUGAGCACUCUGAUUGUCCAGACGCUCGCUGUCAUGUUCAGAGAAACAGAGGUUGAAGCAGCCAGACUCAACCUGCUCUCUGCCAAGAAAGGAGCCCUGGUCUCCAGGAUGCUGCUGGCCUUGAUUUGUGAUCCACAUCUACAAACACAGAGCCAAGGAUCUUUGAUUGACUCUGAGCUCCAGGCCUUACUGUCUGACUACCUGGACGCUGCCUGCUCUCUGCUCUUUGAGCUUCUGCUUUUAGGCCAAGAGACCAGCAGGUGUUUCACUGUUGACAACCUCCCGUCUGUUGGCUGGACCCUCCGAGUCCUGCAGCCUCAUCCUCACCUGCUGUCCUUCAUUGGUUACCAGGCCCAGCAGGUGGUGCUGGUUCUCUCAGACCUGCAGGAGCCGGUUCUGAGCCCUGUCCAGUCUGUCCUGUUGUUCCAGCGCUGUCGCAUCCUGCUGGCCUGUCUGCAGUACAACAGCCAGCUGGCCCAGCACCUUCGCUCACACUUCAGAGAGGAGUUCAGGUUCGUUCUGCUCCCGCCGUGUGCUGAGAAGAAGCUGCCGCCUCACUACCCGAUCAGCUUACCGACUCUACGACUGGUCGAGCAUAUUCUGACUCUUAUCCUGCACAGAUGAUCGCACACAAACACAUGCGCUUUUUUACUGUAUUUUAUAUAUUUCACCCACACUGAAAGAGUAAGGAAUUGCAAAGUGUGUGCCUUUACCAAAGUCUGAGGGAUUUUGUGCUUUGACCUGUAAGGCCUAAGUAAAUUCUUCUGAAUGUUCCUGUAUUAUUAUUUACCAACUGUCUCAGGCCAGGUACUGUUGAUCCAUACAAGACAAGACAGAUGAAAACUGUUAAAUACCAUCUGUCACCUGUCAUCACUCUAGAAAUUAGAUAUAAGUAGAGCUGUUGCACCUUAUAAACAGUUAACUGUUUAUAAUGUACUUGUGUGUCUGGUGUUUACAUUUUAACCCAGUGUGCAGAGACUCCUCAGGUGAUGUGCACUCUAAAUAACCUGCUGUUGAAGUUGUUUUAGUAACAGUUAAAGACAUAAUUUUGGGUAAAUAUGUUUUUUUUUGUUUGUUUGUUUGUUUGUUUGUUUUUUUUUAGAAUAAUGUAGAAUAACUUAUUAGCUAGCUACAUUAUCUAACGUGAGCAUCUAACGCGAAUGUCCCUGUUAGCUUACGAGCAUUUGCAGUCAAUCUUUUGAAUUUUUAUUUCUCUUUCAUGUCAAAAUGAAAACAUAUUUCUACAAAGUGAUGUCAGUUAAUGAAAAUAAGUGAUUGCAUAAACAUUCACCCCCUUCAAGUCAGUAUUUAGUAGAUGCACCACUGGCCACAGUCACAGCACUGAGUCUGUGUGGAUAGGUCUCAAUCAGGCUUGCACAUCUGGACACUGCAGUUUUUCUCCAUUCUUAUUUGCAAAACUGCUCAAGCUCAGGUCAGGUUGCACAGGGAU